AGGCCUCGCUGCUCCAGUGCGGCCUUCAGGUCGGUCACCCGCAGCGCCUGAAGAGGCUUCCCGUCCAGAGUCACCUCCUCCAGCUCCGCCAUCUUGCGUGAGGUACUCGGGUCCGUCCCGACGGCUUCGGGCAUCUUCGCCGCUCCUCCUCCCUCGCCCGGCUUUCAGAGCUCGGAUAUCUUCGUUUUACCGAGGCUUUGGAUCGAAUCUAUUCGGAAGCCCUCGACUCUGGCAUAACCAUGAUCGGAGUUAUUCGGCUCUCUCCGGACGAUGCCACUGGAAUCAUCAUCUUCGAUGCAACUGUCCUUCCCUUCCCAAUUGUGCUUACCACCAGUGCCAGAAAAUUUUACUAACUCUUCCCCUCCCCCAAUGUCUUACAUCACUUCCCAGGAGAUGAAGUGUAUUCUUCACUGGUUUGCCAGUUGGUCAGGUCCCCAGCGUGAACGUUUCCUACAGGACCUGGUAGCUAAGGCAGUACCAGGAAAAUUACAGCCACUGCUGGAAGGUCUGGAGCAGCUCAGUGUGUCGGGAGCAAACCGACCACCUUGUAUCUUUGAGUGCCAGCUACGUCUUUGGGAUCAGUGGUUUCGAGGUUGGGCUGAGGAGGAGCGCAAUGAAUUUGUCAGGCAGCUGGAGGUCAGUGAGCCAGACUUCGUGUCAAAGUUUUAUCAAGCAGUGGCUGCUACUGCUGGUAAAGACUGAUAGUCAUUAAAAUCAAAGAAGAUAACCAUUGCGAUGGAGCUGAAGCCACAACUUGACAGUGAGAACUUCAGAUAUGUCACUUAAAGUUCUGGGAAUGGUAUCCCAAUCUGCUGACUGAAUUUGCUGACCAGUUAUUUCAAUAGUUAUUUCAAUGUUAACAGCACUGACUUUAUCAGCUAGACUCCUAGUGUAAAUGUUUUCCAUCUACGCGAACCCAGGUCAGCAGUCUGCCUAAAAGCUUUUUUCUUUCCAAGGGAUGUCAAACCCUCAAGAAUUUAAUGGCUUCUUUUGCAACUGUAACCAAAAGGCACCUACACAUUAUAACUCAAGCCUACUGCUGGCCCAGGGGAUAUAAAGUAGAGCUCUUCUACUCCAGAAACAGGAGAGAAGGGCAAUCAAAGGUGAUGUUUUAUAGCUUAACUGGAUUCAGAUGGCUGGUUUCACCACCUUUACCAGAUUCUGGCAUGAUGUGCCACUAGCUUUCCUGGGAUGAUUUAGUAAAAUUACGGAAAACUCGGGAGAGGGAGAUAGUUACCCUUUCCUCUACACUGAUGUGUUUGAAUCCAAAUAGCAAUGACUUUUUUCUAAAGCAUAUAUGAUAUCCUUAGAUCUGGUAGCAGAUACUCUGUAAGUUUGCUCUAUGACAGUAUGAAAACAAGUGACACUCUUUACAGGUU